UCAGCUAGCUCGAAUGAAACUAGUGUCAGUAUAUAUAUAUAUAUAUACAUUGACUUACUGAUAUCUAUCUGUGACUCUAAGUUCUCUCUCUUUUACGUAUUGGGCAUUUGUUCAAGUGACCAAAAGGCAAGUAUGAAAUCUCAGUAAAGGCAGUCCAUUUAGCAAAAGAGUAGUAAGGAGAAAAAGAUAGGAAGAUUACUAGUUUGUCUUUUCAAAAGAGUCUAGACUAGUUACAGAGAGAGUUAUCAGUUAUAUACACCGAAGCCAAAGUAGUAUCACCAUAAAGAUUAAGAAAGAGAGAGAGAGAUGGGUAGAGCACCAUGUUGUGACAAAGCAAAUGUGAAGAAAGGGCCAUGGUCACCUGAAGAAGAUUUGAUACUCAAGCAGUUUAUAGAAAAACGUGGAACUGGUGGUAAUUGGAUUUCUCUUCCACACAGAGCAGGCUUGAAAAGAUGUGGAAAGAGUUGCAGAUUAAGAUGGCUUAAUUAUCUAAGACCCAACAUCAAACAUGGGGAAUUCUCUGAUGACGAAGAUAGGAUCAUUUGCACCCUCUAUUCUAGCAUUGGAAGCAGGUGGUCAAUAAUAGCUGCACAGUUGCCAGGCAGAACUGACAACGAUAUCAAAAACUACUGGAACACUAAGCUCAAGAAAAAGCUACUCAUUUCUUCAUCUACCAAUAAUUCUGGUACUAGUGCGACAAUCUUAGUGCCCUCUACUUUUCCAGAUCAUCAUCAUCAUCACACAAAUAUCAACCUAUUUUCUCAUCAUCAUUCACCAUAUCAGGUAUCGGCGCCAUCUUCAACAUAUUAUGAUCAAAAACCAGUUUUAAUGAAUUCAUCAAAUCAUUUGAAUAACAACAACAACACUACAACUUAUUCACCUCCUAAUUUAAUGAGCUUACUGAGCGACAAUCAAUCUCAGCACAGUUGUAGUUCUUCUGAUAAUGGAAGCACUUCAAACCAAGUCAGCUAUGGUACUUCUACUACUACUCAUGCUUUUGUUGGAAGUACACAGGAACACAAUAUGGCUUAUCAUGAAGGUUUCUAUAAUUUCAAUAUAACCAGUGGAGUCGAAGAAGAUCAUGAUGAAGUUCACAAGUCCUCAUCAAUUCCUACUCCUAGUGGUGGGGGUGUUAGUCAUAGUUAUGAUCCAUGGAAUGAAAGGCAAAAUGGGUUGUGGUCUGAUCAUCAAAAUCAUCAACAACUUGAGGAGAUUAAACAACUUGUUAGUAGUAACCCUAAUCAUAAUAGUGGGUGGAACUUCUUCAUGGCCGAUGCACAAGAAAAAUUCAUGAUGUACUAUUAAUUACAAUAUAUCAUUUUAAUAUUUGCGACUGACUGACUGUAAGUAAGUAAACUCAAAAGGAUUUGGUUGUACGAGUAUGGCCUGAUGAGGUUAGUAAGAUUCAGACAGGACGUCUAGAUUUUUCUUCUUUUCUAGGGAUUAUACUGAACAACUUUUUUAGCUUUGACAGUAGUACUUCAACUAUCUUCUUACAUGGGUAAUAUUUCCUUUAUUUGCA